AUGGAUGAAGCUACAGAUCAACAGACCACCGAGUCUAUAAACCAGGCGAAGAAGACAAGCUGGUUUGGAAAUGUUGCCAAAAAUCCGUUCAUUUUCGGUGUCGCACUCUUUUCAACUCUCGGUGGUUUUCUCUUUGGCUAUGAUCAGGGAGUCGUUUCGGGAGUCCUCACUAUGGAAUCCUUUGGUGCAAAGUUCCCUCGCGUCUAUAAUGAUAGCGGAUUUAAGGGAUGGUUUGUUUCGACAUUGCUCCUGGCUGCUUGGUUUGGAUCUUUAGUGAAUGGCCCUCUUGCGGAUUAUAUAGGCAGGAAAAUGUGUGUGAUUACAGCAGUUGUCGUCUUCGUUAUAGGAUCUGCCAUUCAGGCCGGAGCCGUCAAUAUCCCAAUGCUCUUUGCUGGUCGUGCCGUUGCUGGCCUGGCCGUCGGACAAUUGACUAUGGUGGUGCCUUUAUAUAUAUCGGAGGUAUCUCUACCAGACAUUCGAGGCGGGCUCGUUGUAUUGCAACAAUUAUCCAUUACGAUUGGUAUUCUAGUAAGCUACUGGCUCGAUUAUGGAACCAAUUACAUUGGCGGUACCCGGUGUGCGCCAGGGAUACCAUACACAGGCGGAACUGCCGAGAAGCCUGUUUUUGAUCCGUACAAAGAUGUCGGGCCAGAUGGCUGUGAAGGUCAAUCAGACGCCUCCUGGAGAAUCCCACUUGCCUUCCAGAUUCUUCCAGCCCUGAUUUUAGGAGUUGGAACGCUAUUCUUCCCGGACUCACCAAGAUGGCUGUUUAUGAAGGACCGUGAAGAAGAGGGACGCCAUUCACUUGCAACACUACGACAGAAGCCUAUAGGUCACCCAGCAAUUGAGACCGAAUUCCUCGAAAUCAAAGCAUCUGUUAUUCUUGAAAAUACAUUUGCUAAGGAAAAGUUUGCAAACAUGUCCGGGAUUAAGUUGCAUGCUGCACAAUACUACUCACUUCUCAGCACCUGGUCCAGGUUCAGACGACUUGCAAUUGGAUGUUCCAUUAUGUUUUUCCAACAGUUCAUGGGAUGCAAUGCUAUGAUCUACUAUGCUCCAACUGUUUUCAAGCAAUUAGGGUUGGACGGGAAUACGUCAUCCCUCCUAGCUACUGGUGUAUAUGGAAUCAUCAACUGCAUUAGCACUCUCCCAGCUCUAUUCUGGAUAGAUAGACUAGGUCGUCGAAUGCUUCUCAUGUGUGGUGCAGCUGGAACCUUCAUUUCACUGGUUAUUGUUGGCGCUAUAAUCGGUGCCUAUGGCUCCAAUUUCAAGGCACAUGCUGCCGCUGGAUGGGUUGGGGUUGUGUUUAUCUAUAUCUAUGAUGUUAACUUCUCUUACUCAUUCGCCCCCAUUGGAUGGGUGUUGCCAUCUGAAAUUUUCCACCUAUCCAUUCGUUCAAAGGCAAUCUCGAUUACUACAUCAACCACAUGGAUGUGCAAUUUCAUCAUCGGCCUGGUAACUCCCGGAAUGCUUGACAAAAUUGGCUGGGGGACCUAUAUCUUCUUCGCAGCAUUCUGUCUUAUUGCAUUAAUUUUCACAUAUCUAUUUGUCCCAGAAACGAGAGGAAAGACGUUGGAGGAGAUGGAUAGUGUCUUUGGAGAUACCGAAGCGCACGAAGAACAGAAGCGCAUUAUGCAGAUUGAAGCAAGCAUCCGCGGGACUGCUAUCAAUGAUCCAGAUGCUGUCAAGGUGAAGGUAUCGGAAGAAUCUGUAUAG